CCUCCGAGGAGGAGGAGGACCCGCCAAUGCACUCACGUUCCCCGACGCCGGACAAAAAACACCUCCGACUCCACUUCAAUGAGAAGCUCCCAGUCGGUAAGUGUUAUGAGGCGACCAUGAGCAGCGCAGAAGACAGCGGGAGCAAGGGCACGACGGGGCCCAUUUGCAGCUUCACCAUCCAGUCCAUCCUGGGCACGCCGUCAGAGGCGCCCCCGACGCCCACCCCGCACCCGCCGCCGCCGCCGCCGAUGCCGCGCUCCGGUGCCAAGGGACUAGUGCAGGCGGCGCGGAGGAGGACGCUGUCCGUGUCCUCCGAGGAGGAGUGCAGCGGCGGAGAGGACUCGGCGGACUGCUUCUGCUCCGAGCCGGUCCACGGACGAGCUUGCGGCCGGCACCGGCAACAUCGCGCUUUCGCGUGCUUAGGUUCCGCCAAGGGGCUCCUGUCUGCCAACGAGGGUCUGGCGAGGCGACCGCCCCUCCUGCACGACUACAACAAGGAGGACGAGCAGGAACGAGCCUUGCUGUCUCCCCUGUCCGAGGAGAGGCAGUCGGACGCGGCCGACAAGCACACGCAGGGCUCCUCGGCCAAGAAGAAGACGCGCACCGUGUUCUCCCGCAGCCAGGUGUACCAGCUGGAGUCCACGUUCGACAUGAAGCGCUACCUGAGCAGCUCGGAGCGCGCCUGCCUGGCGUCCAGCCUGCAGCUGACCGAGACGCAGGUCAAGACGUGGUUUCAGAACCGCAGGAACAAAUGGAAGCGGCAGCUCUCGGCCGAGCUGGAGGCGGCAAACAUGGCGCACGCCUCGGCGCAGACUCUCGUGGGUAUGCCGCUGGUUUUCCGGGAGAACUCCUUGCUGCGUGUCCCGGUGCCCCGCUCCAUCGCCUUCCCCACGCCCCUGUACUACCCCGGGAGCAAUCUGCCGGCUUUGCCUUUAUACAACCUGUACAAUAAGGUCGACUACUGAUACGGACAUACACAUUCUUAUUCCUAUAGCCCUGCAGGGGUGUCCAAACCUUUUCGCCGAGGGCCACUUUAAAAUUCAUCCAUCCAUCCAUCCAUCCAUUUUCUUUACUGCUUCUCCUCACGCGGGUCGCGGGCUGCUGGAGCCGAGCCCAGCUAUCUUCAGGCGGGAGGCGGGGUACACCUACAC